CUCAUCUUCAUCAUCAUCACAUUCGUCUUCCUCAGGCUCGUCAUCAGCUUCCAGGAGCAGAAGCAGCUCCAGCAGUCAGGAUUCACGGAAACAUAAGUCAAAGAAGGCAUUCAAGGAAAAACACAACAAAAAGGAUUAUAUUGUAUUCUCGUUUGUGGACACUCGUGGUUGGAUUUAUUCCAAAAAAGACAAACAGAGUGUUUUUUUUUUUUUUCUUUCAGACCUUUUUGGCUACAGAUGAUUACAGGAGUUGUUCCUUCAUAAAAAGAACUUUCAUUAGUUACUUUCCCGGUCGGCUGAAGAGUUAAUUGCUCCCAUUCAGUUAUGCCGUCGUGUAUAAUUAAAGGUUGCUUCAACACGUGGAAGACAAAAGACUCCAAUGUUAUUCUUCAUGUCUUCCCAAAAGAUAAGGACGGAAUAAAACUUUGGCUAAGCCAGUCCCCGGAAAACUUCCCGAAUGUUGACGAGCUGGUUGAGAAAGUAUACUCCCAAAAUAAAUAUGGCACCGUUAGAUUGUGCUCGAAACAUUUCAACGACGAUCAGUAUUUCCACGAGGGAACACGACGAAGACUCAGGCCGAACGCUGUUCCUACCAUUUUCAUACCCGAAAGUUUACCUUCUGAGAAAGUAAAGAAAAAGGGCAUUAAACGAAAGAGAGCAUCAAAAAAUGAUGAAACCGGAGAAGGAGCUUCGAGCAGUGUCCUGUUUUAUUCGCAGACAUCCGAUCCUAACAACCCGCUCGUCCAGCAAGUUUUGCCAUCACACUUGCAUAUUGUGCUUCCAAGUACGAGCCUGCUGUCAAUGGGAAAACCCAGAAUGUACGACAAGGCCGUCAACACAGAUUACUUCGUUGAUAAAAAAUGCAGAGCGGUGGGGACAGAUCCCCAUUUUGGCAAGAGAAAUUGCGUCACCCAAACGUUGCCUUGGAAGGGGAAAUCUCAGGGUUCACUCUGUACCAUUUUAAUGGGAGAUUUAAUAAAACCUCUUCCGAGAACAUCUGAACCCAACCUUUGGCAAAACAAAAACGCCACGUCCUCUAAUAUAGGCACCUUAAACCAUACUUUUUUUCCCAGAACCUCCCAAACGUUGACUGGGCGUGCCGCCAACAUAAUAAUUCCGAGGCAGAAAGAAGUGAAGCUAGAAUUUGGUAGUCGUGAAAAAGAGCCUUAUGGUGACCACGGUGGAUCACCAUCAUCCGUUCCUCCGGUCCUUCUGAGGGAAAUCAAAGAGGAGAGGAUGAGUCCUACACCAGAAAGCGAUGGAACGCAACUUUCUGAACUGGAUUAUUCUAAAGUUGUGGUUAAAAGCGAAGAUGGCGAUAGUGAUGAGUCUGAGGCCGAAUCUAACACAGACGUCUCGGAAAACGAUAAUUCGUCUACCAAGGAUGCUUCUGAGGGACAUUUCAGUGACCCUGAUAACGACGGCAAUUUUACAGUUUUAAAAAGCUGUUUAUACGAUCUGAUCAAGCUGAUUCGAUGCCAGUAUCGCGGCAUGUGUAACGCCACAUUGACGAAUGUUCAGGUCAAAACCUUAGGCACAGUGACCGCCAUUGAUGUCCUGUGCUCCAACGGCCACAACUCUACCCUUUAUCACAGCGAAGCCACAAAAGCUCGAAUGGCUCUUGGAAACCGUCUCAGUCCUUCUCAGCAGCGCGAGUCUUCAGAAACUGAGACGUUUUUCCACAAUUUUGAAUAUGAUGAUCUCUCUGAUUAAAUACUGUAGGCUGAACAAACCGUAUGCGUUUCCAACCUUUCACCACCACUGGCAAAAAGAAAAAGCUGCAAAUUUGGUUUGGAAAUUUGACUGGUUUUCCAUGAUAUGGGCUUUCUAGGGUUUUCGUCAAAGAACUGCAUUCCAUGUUUGAGAAGACCACAAAGAAAAUAGCGUAUUUCAGCAGGUGGAUCCGCCAUUGACCUCAGUUGGUCCUUAAAGGGAAUCUAUUGACAGAAAAUUCAUUGUUAAACCAGGCACCAUGGGGGUCGUUAUCACUCUCACUGCGCCUUGAUUUGUGCCAGAAUUUGUGGCCCACUCUUGCUGCGCCAAAUAUAUGAAGUAUAUUUUAUUUUCUCAACCUUCUAGACAAAGGUUCUAGACUUGCCCUAGGUUUACAUCUUGCAUUGUGAAAUCCUGCAGGCUGUUGCGGCAGAGAAAAAGCUUGCUGGAGUUCACUGUAUCCAGCAUAGCAGGAGAAUGCCGCAAACCACCUAUUCUGGGACCUGAAGGGGAUCCAGCCACCUUCCGGUAAAGUCCUGCAAUUUUUUGUCUGUCUGAAAGCCAGCAUUUCUGCCAGAACGCGGUCAGAUCCCAUUAAUGUUAAAGGGUUUUUGGUGGUACAUGGCAUUAUCUGGCUAUGUCGGGUAUAGUGAUCCUGCAAAAUGUUCCUCUGCUGCAUUUCACCAUGCAGAUGUUGAACGUUCCCUUUGCACCAGAUUUUUUUUUUUUUUUUUUAUUUGCGCCUAUUUUCUCCGUGUUUUGUUGCAGUCUUAGGUCUUUGGUGCAUGGUUUGAACAGAAACUAUAUCCGCUCCAAGGUGGUAUAAAAAGUGGUGUAACAUUCUGAUAGCAUGAAGCCCUAUUGAGCAUUGUGUUGCAUCUUCCCUUCACUUUCCAGUACUGGCUCACAGAUUUAGAUACAUUUAACAACCCAAUCAUCUAAAACUGGAGCAGGCACAAUAUUCUGUCACCAAAUAGGCCUGGCUUAGUUAUAUCUGCCCCACUGUUUUGUAGGGCUACCUUUCACUUAGCGAUCCGUUGCGUCAUGCAAUGUUUCAUAUAAUGAUUGUCAGUGGUGACGCAAAGCGACAGCUGCCCAACAGUCGCAGAAAACCCAUCUUGUGUCGCAUGCCGAGUGCGACUGCUCAUCCUUGAGACGUGAAUUGCCUGCGACAUGUCUAUAUUCUUACAGCAAAGCCACAUUUCUAAAAUUGUCGCAUGACGGCAAGUUGCAGACAAGUCACCAUGUUUUUGAAGUGCGUGAUCUGCAAGUCUUGCGACAUAUGGUGCCGUGUAGCCGCACACUUAUUCAAGAUAAAAAGUAUUUUUUAUCCAUAAGCAAAUGAGCAGUUAAGUGCACUGAGGGCGGACCAAAGCACUCUGUGCACCCUUGCCUCUCAAUGAAAGUCAACUUUUUUUUUUUUUUUGUCAGUACUUAUACAUACAAAACAGAGAGGAUGGAAUUGUCAUCUCUCUAAAACCCUAUACAAUUUACAAAGACACAACAUAACAGUUCUGCUUCCUCUGCUGGCCUCUCCCUCCUUUUGAUUGACCUUGCAUAGUCCUCUUACCUGGUCCUACCAAUCAAGAAGGAGAGGGAGGAGCUGGCAGAGGAAGCAGGAGGAGCAGAGGUGCACAGAGUGGCUUGGGGCCGCCCUCGGUGCACCUAACUGCUCAUUUGCACAUGGUUUAAAAGUUCUUUUUCACCAGAAUAAAGCAACAGAUUGCUGAGUGAAAGGUAUCAUUACAUUCUGCUGAGUUAGCCCUACAAAGCAUUGUGCCUGGUUUGGAGUGAAUUUGAUGGUAGCCGACUCCCUUUUAAGGUUUCCUGCAUGCGGUCAUGUCAAUUUUCCAGUCCACAUAUAACGGAUCUGUAAAGUACAGAAAACUGUUCUCAUCGGCAAUACGGACAAGAAUAGGACAUUAUCUAGAAUUUCUGGAGCGGCCACACCAAUCUGCAAAAAUAGUCAGUCAGUGUGCGAUCUGCAAAAAUAUGCAGUCCAUUGCAUACCUAUCACCUGGCUGUAAUGUCAGGUAAAAAAAAAAAGCUAAAAACUGUUACUUAAACACCGUCUCAGACUGAUGGAAAAAAAAUAAACACCUUUUGGUCGUGUGCCAAAACGUGCGAAGAGGACCUUUUAAUCUCUUGGUAAUGAAAUGGUUGACUGUAGACUGCCACGCUUCUCCUUCUGGACUCUAGCAUUGCCAGCGCAGUGAAUUAAGGCGUAAAAUAAACUCUGAAAUGUAUUACAACAAACUUUUGUGAUGCUCUUUUCUCCUACAAUGGCCUGACGGUGCAGGGAUGGUUGUGGAGCAGGGGAGUCUGUGGCUGCCAUGUAGGUGCCCAUCCUGAACUCCUACUAGGGUCAAUUUCAUAAGAAGCCAGUUUUUGGAGUGCGAAAUGAGAUCUGAGAACCUGGAGGAACCCACACAGACGUGGGAUGGACAUACAAACGCAGCUCCCUAGUGCUAACCCCUGACCGUGCUGCCCAUUGUGAACCAAACUUUCUUACGAGGUAUCUGACCUCUUUCCUUUUGCCAUAUUGGAAAGCUUGAUGUCUGCCACAGCAGUGUGCUAAAUAUUGCGCAAAGAAAAUACAUUUUUUUUAUCUGUGAGGUGUUAGCUGGGACAGAUCUGGUACCCCUCUGUCAAAAUUGGUCUUGGACAGCAGUUGUUUGUACAUCCGGAUCUGGACAAAGACUUACUAUUUGGUUGAAUUUUCUGGAGCAAGGAAGGCAUCGGUGGUUAAGACGCUUUCCGACCCGGUCGUAGCUUGUGAAGCCAGCACUUGGAGAUGUUGAGUCUGUCCUAGGAGGAGAGAGAAACUUUUGGGGGGGCCUCGUACUAUUGUACCUGUUUCAAAAGCAGAUGAUUAUGAAAUAAUUUAUGCCUCCAAAUCAAGAAUCCAGAACUAAAACCACUCUGGUGUUCUCCGCCUUAUGGGAUUUUAAUGAGAAAAAUACGUACUAUAAAUCCUGUGCCAAGUACGGCUUUCUUUCAGAUUGUCCUGUUUUUAACAAUUCUUGGUUUUGCUUUCAAACCUUUCUUUUUAGUAGUACUUUUUUUUUUUUUGGUUUGAAAUGUUCCCAGGCGCUUUUUUUUUAAACAUUUUAAAACAUGUCCAUUAUAACUGAUUAAACGUAUGUGAAAUGAGCUAUCCAUACGACAGUUUAAAAAAAAAAUUGUGUCCAACUCUCAUUCUUUAUCUGCUUGCUGUACUGUUCUGUAGGGAAAGGAGUUUAUUAGAAAUAAGUUCUUCCAACCAUGUACAGAAUUCUAUUCACACUCUGCACAUACCUGCAAAUAUGACUUUAUAUUAUUAUAAUGCCCUGCGGUCCUGUUACAAAGUCCAGGAUGGGAAAUCGCACCCCCACAGGGAGCUCGCUCGUCUGAAACUGGGCUUUAAAGGGGAUGUGUCAUCCGAA